UUCAUCAAUAUCAUCACUACAUAACUUCUUCUUACGAAGAGCCAGAGCAAGGGAUUCGAGAAGCAAGUAAAAAUGAAGAGCACCUCAAAGCCAGACCGGCACCGAUUCAUCCUCUCCUCUUUAUUUUUCAUCUUCUUCUUGUGUGCCUUGGCUACCAUCAAUGGAAUCCGAUUUGAUAGCUUGUUGAGUUUUGGUAGAUGUGCUCUCUCCAACAUUCCAUCUCAAUCCUCCGCUCCAUCUUCAAACAAUUUUCUUGCCAUGAAUUCUUCAACCUCCAGUGAUGAUAUUCGCAUACUUAUAGGCGUUCUAACACUUCCCGAUCAAUACCAACGUCGACAUUUUCUGCGUCUCAUAUAUGGCACCCAAUCUCCGGUGGGAGCGCAGAUUGAUGUGAAGUUUGUGUUCUGCAAUCUAACCAAGGAAGACCAAAAGGUACUUGUUGCUCUUGAGAUAAUGAGAUAUGAUGAUAUUAUCAUCCUGGAUUGCAAGGAGAACAUGAACAAAGGUAAAACCUACACUUACUUUUCAAGCUUGCCAGAAAUGCUGAAUGACACAGAUAAACCUUAUCCUCCUUAUCAUUAUGUCAUGAAAACCGAUGAUGACACGUAUUUCCGGUUAGAUAAUUUAGUGGAGUCGUUAAAACCAUUGCCCAGAGAAGAUUUGUACUAUGGUUAUGUUAUCCCAUGCCCUAGCAUGGACCCUUUCGUGCAUUAUAUGUCUGGCAUGGGAUACAUGAUCUCAUGGGAUAUUGUAGAGUGGAUUAGAGAUUCUGAGGUGCCAAAAAAUCAUUUGGAAGGGCCAGAGGAUAAAGUUUUUGGUGAUUGGAUCCGAGAAGGCCACCGUGCAAAGAAUAGGUAUAAUGCUAAGUGGUCUAUGUACAAUUUUCCUGAGCCGCCCACGCAAUGCACACAUGAGCUUUGGCCAAACACAACCGCGGUUCAUCUGCUGAAGAAUCAAGAGAAGUGGAUCCAGACAUUGAAGUAUUUCAAUGUUACUAGUAAUCUCAAACCUUCUAAAUUGUAUCAUAUACCUUAGGUAAUACCUUCAUUCAAUAUUUUGUUUUAGAUUAUUUGAAUUACACUAGGAGUAUUAGAAUUCUGCAAGUCUAAUUUUGACUUUGAUUGGAGUUCAUAUUUUUCUUUUCACUUUCUAUAGCUGGUGAUCUCACACAUGUAAGUCUAACACGUGAGAAAACAUUGAAGGGAGCACAUAUUUGGUGCCUCAAGAAUAAAAAAUGAGCCAUUCAAAUUA